AUGACCUGUGGAUUCGUUAUGAAUGCAUCCAGCAGCCAUGACUCUUCAGCACUACGAGACAGCGGCCAUUGCUACCCCUUCAUCUGCCGUAGCCGUAGUCAAAACCGGCUGCUAGCAGAAGCCACCAGGUUCUAUGAGGCCGUGGAAGAAACUGAGCCUGUGGAAGAACCACGACGCGUCAAGGAGAUUGUAGAGGAAGGGGACAGUUCCUCUGAAGAAGAGGACAAAGGCGCUCCCGCAGCGGAAACAAAGGCAGCAAGUCAGAGACGAACCUCUCGAGUCAUUCAACUUGAGACUUGUCUCACGAACCUAGAGACUUGCUUCUCGGAAUCUGCCCAAACAACACCCAAGUCAAGCCAACAACAACCCUUCUCACAUCUGCUACCUCUGUCCAUUGAAGCACGCAUUCAAGGCGACAUUGCCUAUCGAGGGAUCUCUGCCAAUCCUCCCGAGAUUAUUCGAAGUGGAGUCAACCGUGGAAAUGUCGCCCAGAUUCACCGAAAAGCUUGGUUGGAAGUAAGUGAUUCGAAACACCGUUAUGGCAAGAAUCUUCGACUGUACUACCGACAUUGGGAAUCUUUGGGGUACCCCACCAACCAUUUCUUUGACUGGCUCGAUUCCAAUGGUGCUGCUGCUGGAAAACCUUUGCCCGAUCUUCCAGAAUGCCCCAGAUCCGUUCUUGACUCGGAUACUGUCCUCUACAUUAGGGAUCCCGAGGUUACGAGUCAAUAUGCAUUGGAGCUCGAACGUGACGAGACUGGAAAGUGCCGUGUCUCGCGACAGAGACAGCCGGUCACUACUGGACCCAAUGGCUGGAUUUUUGUGCUCCGAGACAGCGUCAUUUAUGGAGCCGAGAAGGUUAAGUCGGCUGCCACAGGACAGCGCUUUCACCAUUCAUCCUUCUUUGGGGGCAAAGCCGUGGCCGCGGCAGGGAUCUUCAUCACUGAUGCACAAGGCUACCUCGAGAUGCUCUAUCCUCAUUCCGGUCACUACCGCCCAGGGGAAGCGGACAUGCAACGAGUCUUGUACUUUCUGCAUCAGCAGGGCAUUGACUUGAAUUCAUUUCAAGUCGACAUACAGCAGUUGAUCCGUGUUUGUCGACAGGAAGCCAAGGGCAGCAAGAAGGCAGGAGGAGCGGAUGACCGCAAGAAACGAAAGAAAGACCGAGUCUCUGCAUUUGAAGCCAGCAGUGGACGUGGCUCACUACUUGUCUCAUAA